AUGGAGGGGGCGGAGAAGGGGGAGAUCUGCGAGAGGAACACUAAGCCGAGGCUGGACGACCAUCCGCAGGUGACAGCGGCGGGGGUGGCCAGUCUGUUCAACAUCGACCUCAUCCUGGAGAUCCUCUCCCGCCUCCCAGCCAGAUCCGUCCACCGCUUCAAGUGCGUAUCAAUGCUCUGGCGCGACCUCAUCGCCGACCCCGCCAACCACAAGAAGCUGCCCCAGACCCUUGCCGGCUUCCUCUACACAUCCUUCUACAACAGCGGAUAUCGCCACCACUUCGCCGGUUUCUCCGGCGGCGCAGCCUCCUUCAACCCCUCCCUCCCUUACCUACAUCCUAACAAGGAUGAGGGCAUCACCCUGGUGGACGCUUGCAAUGGCCUCCUUCUUUACCGCCGUUACAACAGCAGCAGGCAUGAUUACCAUUUUGUUGUGUGCAAUCCCGCCACCGGGAGGUGGGUGGAGCUGCCACCUCAACCUCAAACACAGGAGCGAAUGAACAGACUUAACCAUACCGCAGGCCUGGCUUUCGAUCCAGCAGUCUCGUCCCAUUUCCAUGUUCUUUGUUUCGAGCGGACCUUUCCGGAAACGUUGAUCACAGGAGUGAACAUCUACUCGUCUCGCACAGGAGGCUGGAUUCAUAGAGACAGUGGGAUAGUUGAGAAAGCUACCCUGUUCAGGAGUAAAUGUGUCUUUGUCGGCGGUAUGCUGUACAUCAUGGGUAACCUGGAGGACAUCAACGGCGAGUAUGUGCUGGUGGGGGUGGACAUGGAGGGGAAAGUGUGGAAGACUAUCCGUGUGCCGUAUGGUUCAAAAUUUGGUACUAUUGGAUUGUCAAAGGGGUGCUUACACUAUGCUAUAGCUCCUCUCAAUAAUAACAAUGAAAUCCUAGUUUCUGAGAUAGCACUCUGGUGCCUCAAGGAUUGUGACAGUAAACAAUGGGUCCUGAAGCAUACUGCCAGCAUCGAUACACUUAUCAGCAUGACUUGGGAGAAGUACAGGGUGGUUGAGAUUCAUCCAGAUUGCGACACCAUUUUCCUGGCUCAAUGUGGAGGUGAUACCUUGGUAUCAUAUGACAUGUGGCAUCAGAAAGUUGGCUGUAUCAUUAAUCUUGAGAAAAACAGUGUACACAAAUUUCUACCCUAUGUUCCUCUGUUCUCAGAGCCAUUAGCUGAUGCUGAGGGGUAG